UUCGAAUUUCUCCAGAGCCGUGUUUUUGUGCUUCUUCCAUUUUCCUUCCUUUCUUUUUCUCACUUCUCUCACUGCUCCUUCUUCAUUCUUUCCUUUUCAGUGCCACCCUUUUGUUCUCAAUUAAAAUUCAUUCAUCUUAAUUCUUCUUCAUCUUCAAUUAACUUCAUACAACAACCAACACUCAUUCAACAACGAUCUUACCUCUGUCAAUGUUCCACAAUAUCUGAGAGCAUUGUUUGAAACGGCUAAUUCAUCGUCCAAAAAGUGCUGGGGUACCCUCUCUUUCAUGGGAUUCUUUGUUCUACACUAGGAAUUAGACGCUAUAGAAUUUAAUAUGCAGAGAAAUUUGCAAUUCUGAUCAGCCACAUUUUACCUCACUUACACUCAGCAUCACAACGACCCUGCAACGUUAGGUAAUUACCUCAUGAGAUUGAGGUGUGCUCUCUUUGAGUGCUGCUUCACUAGUCCAUCUUCUGACACAAUUCCAAAGUGCAGUAAGUUGAAGUGGCGAAUCUUCCCCUACAAGGAACUUGCAAAAGCCACAAAUAAUUUUGAUCAAUUGCAUUGCCUUGGAAAGAGAGGCUCAGCCAUUGAAUAUCACGGAAAACUUGAUGAUGGACGUGAGAUUAUAGUCCAACGCUUCAAAGAAGACAAGCGCUACACAUUACAACAGUUUGUCAAUGAAACUGUUAUCCUAAAUUACUUGCCUCACAAAAAUAUUGUGUCAAUUUAUGGGUGUACUUCUCAUCACGAGGAAUCUCUGCUGGUGCAUGAAUACCUAGUCAAUGGCAACCUUGCUGCUCAUCUACAAAGUGAAAGGGCUGUAAACAAUACACUAACUUGGCUUACACGAUUGGAUAUAGCCAUUGAUAUUGCAAAUGCAUUGGACUAUCUUCACUAUUAUGGCAUCAUCCAUCGUAAUGUGAAGUCCAGAAAUAUUCUCCUAGAUGUUAACUUUUGUGCUAAAGUUGCUAACCUUCAUUUAUCACGGAAACUUCCAGAUGGAGUUCCUGUCAAUGGCACCCAUGUUACUAGUGAUAGAGUAGGGUCAUGUGGUUAUAUAGACCCAGAGUAUUUGACAAAAGGCCAACUUAGUGUAAAAAAUGAUGUUUAUAGCUUUGGGGUGGUGUUGUGUGAGCUUCUAUCAUCGAAUCUGGCAAAAUAUUGGGUUUUGAAUGAAGAGGAUAAUAUUGCUUCCCUUUUACACAGAAAAAUUGAAAACCAAGCUUUGCUGGAGCUGUUCGAUCCAAGUCUUGGAUUCCAAUCAAACCUUCAGAUCAAGCGAAUGAUGACUGCCACAGCCAAGCUUGCACUUUUUUGCAUGCAAUGUCCACAACAAUCAAGGCCAGACAUGGAGCAGGUGGUAGAGAUUCUCAAUGGAAUAAAGCAAGGGAGAUAUGAAACAAACUCAAAAACAAAAGCUUUGAAAAUCUUCCACCAUGCUGAACUUCAAGAAGCUACUGACAAUUUUAACACUUGCCUUGGAAAGGGAGGGUAUGGCAGCGUGUACUAUGGAAAACUACAAGAUGGGCGAGAGGUUGCAAUAAAAUGUUUCCAUGAUGAGAACGACACAGAAGAGACCAUUAAGCAAUUCUUGAAAGAAACUGAAAUCUUAAGUCUCCUGCACCAUCAAAAUCUAGUUUCACUUUAUGGCCGCACUUCUCACCAUAGCAACAAACACAUGCUAGUGUACGAGUAUAUCUCUAAUGGCACUCUUUCCAAACAUCUUCACGAAUCUUCCAGUGGUAAACUACCAUGGCAGGCUAGAUUGAAUAUUGCCAUUGAAACUGCAACUGCUUUGGUAUAUCUUCAUGACUCAGGUAUCAUCCACCGUGAUGUAAAAGGAAGUAAUAUUCUGUUGGAUGAAAAUUUUACUGUUAAAGUUGCAGAUUUUGGACUAUCACGGUCUCUGCCAGAUCAUGUUACUCAUGUUUCAACUAUUCCAGUAGGAACUCGAGCUUACAUGGAUCCUGACUAUUAUGAAUCUGGAAGGGUCAGUGACAAAAGUGAUGUCUUUAGCUUUGGGGUGGUCUUGUUUGAACUCAUAUCAUCCAAUCCUCCAGGUUCAAUGGUAGGCACCGAUUAUGUUACUCUUGCACAGUUUGCAAAGAGAAAAAUCUUAAACCAGGAAUUAAAUGCGGUAGUGGAUCCAAGCUUUUGGCUUGCUUCUGACAAAAACAUGAUGGAAAUGGUAACAGCUGUGGCAGAGUUAGCAUUUCAGUGUGUGCAGUGUCCCAAGGAGUUCAGACCAUCAAUGAAACAGGUGCUAGAGACACUAGAGGGCAUAAGUAAAGGAACAUGGGGAUUCAGCCAGAUAACAUAGUCUUUAUUCAGGCUACCAACAUGCCCAAUUCUGCCAAAAUAUUCUUUUGGUUUGUGGACUAGUAAUUGGAUUUUGGUUGAACUGAGAUGGUAUUUUGCUGCAGUAUAGUAAUUUCAGGUUGACCCUGCAUCAUUGUUAAAAUGGUGUGAAGGUGGAGUAGGUUUGGAAGGAGGUUCUGAUCUAGCCACGAGACUACUUGCUGUAUCUUACCUGACGAUUUAGGUUGUAUUUUACUAGAUCGUUCAACGUGGUUUAAUAGCAUUAUAAACCUGAUAUUGCAUGUUAAGUGUAAAUGCAUUGAAUAUGUUCUAAAUGUAGAAGAAAAGACCAAAUAUUGGUAACCAUCUCUGAAUUUCAUUACAUUAAUUGAAACAUUAUUCUUCU